UUGACACCAAUAGCCGAAGUGUGUAGUAUUGAAGUGGUGAACAAACAUCACAGCGAAGUUCCCUUCGAAGUACAAAUAACAGACCGACUGAAUGGUGAGGCCAUCAUUGAAGCCAAAAGAGACCUGAAUUGUGAAAAAAGGAGAUCUUAUAAAUUCAGUAUAAGAGCGAUCGCCUGCAAUGGUUUGCAUUCAGAAAAUGCGACAGUUCACGUGACGGUGGAGGACGUGAAUGAAUACCCGCCGGUAUUCAGACAGGACUCCUAUACGGUGACUGUGAACGAGGGCCGCAUAAUCGACCCGAUCGUUCAGGUGGAGGCCUUUGAUCACGACUGCUCCUCCAAAUACAGCGAUAUUUGCAAAUAUGAGAUCAUUGGUGGCGACAAACUGGAGGCCCCCUUCGUGAUCGACGCCAACGGCAAUAUCAAGAAUACUCGGCCGCUCUCGUGGAAGGAAUCGCAUAAUCAUAUCCUAGAAGUGGUCGCCUAUGACUGCGGUAUGAAGAGGUCUAAACCAACACUAGUCAACAUCAAAGUGAAUAAAGUGUGUCAACUCGGAUGGAAAGGUAUUCCCGAGCGGAUAGAGUACACCCCCGGCUCAGGAUCGCGAAUACUGGUGCCCGACGCGGAACUCCAGUUAUGCGAAGUUCCCUGCGAUACGGACAACGUGUCGGUGCGACUGUCUCUGGCCACUCAUCACAUCGGAAAGGGAUGCGAUCGCGACACCUAUUCCGUUGAAUCUCAGCGAAAGCUUUGCGGCGCGAGCGCCGAAAGCGUCGAUUUAUUGCCGUCUCCGUCGACAGGAGCCGAGUGGACACGAGAUCUGCCCACAGAUGACGGCCGAGAGAGCGACCAGAUCUACGAGUUUGACGGCGCGACCAACGCUGUGGUCAUACCGGAAGCGACACUGAGCCACAACCUGACCAAUAAGUUCACGGUUUCCUUUUGGAUGAAACACGAGCCGCCACUCGACCCGACCAACAAACACAUCAAAGAGCACAUCAUCUGCAACGCCGACGAUCACAAGAAGAAUAGACACCAUUACUCGCUGUUUGUUCGCAACUGUCGGCUCAUACUUCUGUUGCGUCGGGAGUUCAAUGAGGAGAAGCACACGAUCUUCAAACCGGCCGAAUACAGAUGGAAACUGUCCGAAGUGUGUGAUAACGAGUGGCACCACUACUCCGUUAGUCUCAACUUCCCGGACGCCAUACUCUUCGUCGACGGACUCAAGUUUAGGAAUACAUCGACGAACCCGGAGAUCGUCGACGACUGGCCCCUCCAUGCUGUCAAGGGGGUCAACACGACGUUUGUGGUGGGGGCGUGUUGGGAGGGCAAGAACUCCAAAAUGAAUUUCCAUUUCCGAGGAUUCCUGGCCGGACUGUCUGUCCUGCGCGCACAGAACGAGAACCCGGAGGUCCUCUCGUGUCUCCAUCGCUGCAAAGAAGGCCUACAAAUGCCCACAACUGACACAUUAGAACCGGGAACUGAAGUCUCGACGAACACCGACUCCACGUCUGUUAUAAUCGACGGGAAAGACGCCAUUGAUGUUGAAGACAUGUUGUCUCAGAUCUCAUACAUAAAUUCGCGCGAAUUUCCAACACCUGGCCGAAGAAGUCUCAGAAUUUCAACAUCUAUUCAGUGCUCUAAUGGAAAGUCGUUGAAAAUCCCACAAAUUGAUACGUAUGUGAUGGUAAUGCCGACGGAUCAGCCGAGUAUAGCGCUGAACGGCACCCCAAACCUGGCGCGAGAGUACGAGGCGUUCCUUCAGGGCAUUGAGCUCUUCUCGACGGUCUCUGUUUUGGUCAAUCAAGAGGUCGACACCGAUGAUGACGACGACACCGACGACGAAGAGGCGGACAUCGACUCGGCUGACGAAGACUCGAACCCCAACAACAACCUAAACAAACUGAUGUCCGAACACAAGUUGGACACUUGUAAUGUCCAGGUCUACCCACCUCUGAACCCGGAUCACGAGUACUUCCGACUGCCCACCAAUUUUAUGACACAUUUGGGAAUUCAUCACAAGGAGACUAAGGAUGGGAUUGUGAUAUAUGGAGCGGAUUCUGUUCAUAAUUAUCAGCAGAUUCUGCGACAACUGGUAUACUUCAACCGAAAACCGGCCUAUUAUUUGAAUCGUGCCUUUAAGCUAAGCUGUUCUGAACUGAACGGACGGUUUUCAAGCAAUGACUACAUCCAGACGUUAACAGUAAUCCACCCGAAAGUCGAUCAACAGAAACAACAGUCGCCCCCAACGGCUCCCCAGCAGAAGUCAGCGCUGCACCCGAAUGACCACAUCAUGAUCCAGACGGCACCGGUAGCUCACGCACAGGUGAACGAGCAUAAGGUGGACGUGAAGGAGGCGCGCAUUAAGAGCGCCAGCGGUUUCCUCGAAGGCGGCGGACUCAUCGACGCGUCCGACGCUUUCGGCAGAACCACUGCCAGUAAGUGCCGAAGCAUCCCUUUCCCCUCUCAUAUCAGUGUAUAG